CUAAACAAAUUCUAAUCAAUAUAUUUUCAUAUUUAAACGUUUUUCUUAUAUAACGUGGAAAUCAAACGGUAAAAAAAUUUAAAAAAAAAACCUUUUUGGUAAAAUUUUGGAAUUGAUGGGGUAAUGUGGAAAAUAAUCAAAGGGCAUAAUAUGGAAUUUUAAAAAAUCAAAACUCUAACAGAGCAAUUUGAUAUCGCCGGAAAUGGCCGCCUCGUCGCGCGCUUUCCUCUCCAUAGCCAGCCGCCGUUCAGCAACCAAAUCCUCCUCCUCCAGAAUACUCUCUCUCGCUUCCGCAGAGCCUUCGGAGCUCCAGAUCGACGACGAUGCGGUCACCGCCGUCUGCAACUCCCUCCGCCGACGCCACACCUGGGAAACCCUAUCGAAGGAACUCAAUUCCAUCAAUCUCACGAGCUCACUUGUCAGGAGAGUCCUCCUCAACCUCAAAGACACUUCCAAUGCAACGAAAGCUCUGAAUUUCUUCCACUGGUCAGGAAAAUCCGCCAGAUUCAACCAUGGCGUUCUGACCUAUUGCAUCACCAUUCACAUUCUCGCCAAGGCCAGGCUCGUAAAGGACGCCAAGGCAUUGCUCGAGUCGGUUUUGACCAAACCGGGUAAUUCUGAUGUUUUUACAGUUCUUGAUUCACUGCUCGAAAGUUACGAAUCCAUUGAUUCUGUGCCAUUUGUGUUUGAUCUGUUCGUCCAAGUUUGUUCUAAGCUGAGACUUUUAGAUAGAGCUUUUGAUGUUUGUAAGUGCUUAGAUGAAAAUGGAUUUCUUCUUAGCGUUGUUAGCUAUAACACUCUGCUUCAUGUGCUGCAAAAAUCCAAGAACCAUAGAAUGGUUUGGGAUGUAUAUGGUCAUAUGAUUGCAAAAAGAGUAAACCCUAAUCAAACCACUGUCGAAACCAUGGUUAGUGCUCUCUGCAAAGAAGGGAGGCUGCAAUGGUUUGUGGAUCUCGUGGGUAGGAUUCACGGGAAGAGAUGUGGGCCCGGGGUGGUUGUGAACACUCGCUUGAUCCAUGGGAUGAUAGAAGAUGGGAGAACCGAAGAAGGGUUAGUGCUGUUGAAGAGAAUGCUGCAGAAGAAUAUGAUAGUUGAUACGGUUUCAUACUCUUUGGUUGUUUUCGCAAAGGUGAAGAUGGGUGAUUUGGAUUCGGUGUGGAACACAGUGGAUGAUGCCAUCGUGUUGGCGCGCGAAAUGGAAAAAGUCGACAUGAAACCGCUCCUCGAGACAUUCAAUAGUCUCCUAAAGGGGUGUUCGAACUCGGGAAGGGUAAACGAAAGCUUGGGUUUUUGCAAGAAAAUGGUGCAGAUAGGGUAUGUUCCUAGCCCUUGGGCUUUCAACGUAAUGACAGAAAAGCUCUGCAAAAAUGGCAUGGCGAAGGAGGCCGACCAGAUGUUGACUGUCCUGUUAGACAAAGGGUUUGUUCCGGACGAAAACGCUUACUACCAUCUUCUUGCUGGUCAUGCCAAGGAAGGUGACAUUGAAGGGGCACUCAAGCUUUAUUAUGAGAUGGAGUACAGGUCAAUCUCUCCCAACUCUUCUUGUUUUACUUGGCUGAUAAUUGGCCUUUGUAAAGCUGGGAGACUGAGUGAAGCAGAGAAAUUUUUGUGUUUAAUGAAAGCAAGAAGUUUAACUCCAAGUUCUGAUCUCUGCAAAUUGUUGAUUUCUUGCCACUUGGAGAAGGGUGAUCAAAGUAGAGCUGAUCAGCUGUAUAGAGAGAUGAUAUGAUCGUGAAUAAAUAAGGUUUUGAAUGUCAAAAUUGGCUCCUCAAAUUAAUAUAAAUAGAAUGAAUGUACUUGUUUUGA